AAUGACGAAUCAGAGAACAUGUUGCAUUAAAUCAUUGUAGUAAUUAAAUGCAUGGACUGUGUGUUCGUGUGUGCCAGAAGGGAAGGGGCGGGACCACCACUGCUCCCUCACUGGAUGCCGCAGCUGCCUAUCAUGCAGGUGACUGCUAUGGCUGCUGCCUUAUUUCGUGCUCAGAGCACACAGAGGUUCCCACUUUAUAGUGCAAUCAGAGCCCGUAGCUGGAGUCGCGUUACCUCCCUUGGCAUACACACAACUGGAGGAUAUAUGCAGGCAAAUCGGAAAGACUUUGAGAAAGCACAAAAUGAAUUAAAAUUGCUGAAAAAGGAUCCUGGCAAUGAUGUAAAACUGAAGUUGUAUGCUCUGUUUAAGCAGGGAACACAGGGAACUUGUAGUACACCAAAACCAAGUAUGUUAGACUUUGUUAACAAGGCAAAGUGGGAUGCCUGGAGUGCUCUUGGAAGCUUAUCAAAGGAUGAAGCCAGACAAUCCUAUAUAGAAAUCGUUUCUAAUCUCAUCUCUUCUGAGUCUCCUACCACAAAUCCAUCAUCCUCAUCAGGAGCUGAACGGAAAUAUGAAACGCUACAAGUUUCUUGCCAGAAUAAUAUAACUACAAUAUUUCUGGAUAGGCCGGAAAAGAAGAAUGCUAUCACUUUGCAGAUGUAUGAGGAGAUUGGUCUGGCUUUAGAAGAAGCUGGAAAAGAUGAUUCUGUUAUCACUGUCCUGACUGGACAUGGUGAUUUUUUUUGCAGUGGUAAUGACUUGAAUAAUUUCACAAACAUUCCGGCAGGAGGCAAAGAGAAGAUGGCUAGCGAUUCUGCAGUAGUUUUACAGGCAUUUGUUGGUAAAUUAAUCGAUUUCCCUAAGCCACUCAUUGCCGUUGUAAAUGGGCCUGCAAUUGGUAUCUCAGUGACUAUAUUGGGGUUGUUUGACCUUGUCUAUGCUACGGAAAGGGCAACUUUCCACACUCCUUUCAGCCAGUUAGGGCAAAGUCCGGAGGGUUGUUCUUCAUACACUUUCCCUCGUAUUAUGGGUGUAAGCAAAACAAGAAAACACAAACACAUUUUCCAGCAUACCAUAAUGGACCAGCAAAAGAGACUUACGUCAUACAGGAUAAUAGAAAUUCAGAGAUCUCCGUUCCAUUUGCAAACCUUGGCUGUAGAAGUACUUCUAUUCAACAAGUUGCUGACCGCACAUGAAGCAUGUAAACUUGGACUGGUCGCUGAGGUUUUUCCAGACAGCACUUUCCAAAAAGAAGUUUGGGAAAGAUUGAAGGCUUAUAGUAGCUUACCUAAAAAUUCCUUGGCUUUCUCCAAGCAGCUGAUUCGUGAGACUGAAAAGGAGAAGCUGCAUUCUGUGAAUAUUCAAGAGUGUGAACGCCUGAAGGAGCGCUGGCUGUCAGAGGAAUGCAUGAAUGCAAUUAUAAGCUUCUUCCAAAAGAAAGCAAAAUUAUGAUUUUUGCUUUUAGGCUCUUUAGGUUAUGGAAUAUUUCAUUUGUAUACUAAGAUAACCUUAUUACCCAAGAAAACAUUCAUUUUACUAACUCUGUUUUCAUAGUAAUACCACCAUUUGGGGUUUUAUAUAAAUUAAAAUAUAUCUGCAGUUAUCUGAUUAUAUACUUUUUCUGUUGAUCUUUUCUUCAUCAUGUUUGUUCAUUUAAAAUUUUGGGCAGGUUAUAAAUACUUAAAACUUUA